CUGGUGUGGCGUUUUAAAGACGAGAAAAGCGGGAGUGUAGAAUAAAAGGGUGACCACAUACCAUACCAGAUACAGAUACAGUGUUGAGAAACAGAGUGAGUGAGUGAGGAAAAGAGAAAGAGAACGUGAAAAACUGAAAAAUGGAGAAGAAGAAUCCUUCACACUGAGAGAAACAAACAAACAAACAAAUCAAAGACUAAAACAGAGAAAAGACAAUACAAAAUGGGAAAAAAGGAUCGAAAGAUCCAGAAACAUCUUCAAAACCAAAUGGGAUGCAUGUCAGGUUUCUUACAUAUCUUCGAUCGCCAUCAAUUAUUCCCCGGAAAACGCAUCUACACCGUUAAAACACUCCCUUCCCCAAAAUCAACGGAACCGGAAACAAACGGUAACUCACCAGCUGAAUCAGAAUCAACACCAGAAACAACCCAAACACCACAACCAGAAAAACCGUCUCAACCGGUUCACCGAGUUUUUGAUUUCAAAGAAGGAACAAGAUCUCCAUGGAAAUUCACCAGAGAAGCACCAAGACUAUCAUUAGACAGCAGAGCAGUUAUAGAUGCAAAAGGAACUAUUCAAAUUCACUCAAAAGAUGAAGAAAAACGACGUCGUUCGACUUCAACUAGCGUCGUUGCAAAACUCAUGGGUCUUGAAGACUCUGAUCCCAACCCUAAGCUCCAAAAAUCUGCUUCGGAAUCAAGAGCUCACAGAGAUCUAUCACAACAACAACAGUAUCGUUUCUUUGACAGUACAAAUUUCCAGUUAAAGCAAUUCGAAAAUGCUUCAUCGUUUUCAUCGUUAAACAACAGUGUUUCAGAUCUAAACAUGAAAACAGAACAAGUCAGAGGAAUUACAACGAAACAAAGGAAGAUUUUCUAUGAUUCUGCAGACUUUUUUCCUGGUCCGAAACAGAGUACUGUUUCUGUUUCUGUUCAAGGUGAGAUUGAAAAAAGGUUGAAGAUGCGUGGGAUUCAUGAACCUUCUAAAGAUCUUGAUACAUUGAAACAAAUUCUUGAAGCUUUGCAGCUUAAAGGUCUCUUACAUACCAAGAAAUUAACAAAUCAUAGAAACUUUGUAAUCGAGAAUGUGAAUGAUUCUCAUUCUCCGAUUGUGGUUAUGAAACCAGGAAGAUCAAUUAACCGAACCGGUUCGAGUUGGACCGGUUACGAUUCUCCACCACCAGCUUCGACUUUCCGGUCCAAGGUUAAAACUCGUCCGGAUCACAUUCAAUCACAGAUCAAAAAUAGAAACCACGUGAACUCCCCCACGCGCACUCCUAAUUGCGUGAGAAAGGUUACUCCGGUUCAUUCCUCGAGAAAUGAACCGGACCGGAAAACACCGAACCGGUCACCAAAGAUGAGAAAGAAGACGGUAACAGAAGAUGAAUCUUCAACCGUUUCUGAUAGCUCUUCACAUACCGAUACAGAGAGGUUGAUUAAGGAGCAAUACAGAGAAGGGAAGGAAUUACUGCAGAGGUGUGAUAAGUUACUGAACAGUAUAGCGGAAAUAACUGAGUUACAACAACCGAGUCCAGUAUCGGUACUUGACUCGUCGUUUUACAAGGAUGACUCGUCGUGUUCACCGUCACCGGUAAUGAAACGAUGCAUUGAAUAUAAAGAUCUAGGAGCAGAGUCAGAAGAUGAAACAUGGAGUGUGGCAACAUUGUAUUGCAAUGAUGCCAAGUCAGAGGAUUGCGAUUUCAUAUACAUUUCGGAAGUACUACGUGCUUCUAAUUACUUGCCGGAAGACAAUGACAUGUUCUUGUUACUAGAACAACAACAGUACCUUAAGGGAAACGACACUUCCAAAGUUUCCACUCUUCAAAGACGAUUAAUCUUCGACACAAUACAUGAGAUCCUCAACCGUAAACGCCGUUUGCCACCAUGGAAGUUGGAGAUAACGCCAUCAUUAAAUCUGACUUGGUCAGAAUUUCGGAGGAUCCAAGAAAGAGAGGAAUCGGAGGACAUGUUCGAGGUUAUAUGUGGAGUGUUGAGAAAGGACAUGUGUGGAGAGAAUGAAUGGGGUGAAUGCGACGUGGAAAUUGGAGAUGUUGUGUUGGCCGUCGAACGGUUCAUAUUCAAAGAUCUUAUCGAAGAAACCAUUAGAGAUUUAGCGUUGUGUAAUAAGGUACCACGUAACAAAGUUUCGAUGCUCCGUAGGAAGCUAGAGUUUUAAAAUUAUUAGGACAAAACAAAAAGGAGGGAAAAAAGAGCAAAGUGAUAAAUAUAAUAACACAUGGAAAAAAUGGAGGAGGUUUCUUUUAUUUUGGUUUGCUUGCUUUUCCCUUUUCUUUAGAAACCCCAUAGUCUAAUCACUUUCUAAUUAUUAUAUGUAUGUUUUAAUGGUAGAAUCAGGAGGUUUAAACCUGAAAUCAAGGCAUGUUUAACGAUGACA